AUGGCCGCCACAACUGAGGGAACAACCACUCAGCAACCAGGCCGAGAAUCAGCUACCCGGCUUGGCGAGGAUAUCGAUGUAAACGAGACUACAUCCCUGCUGAAAUCUGCCAAAGCUGAGCCUGCAGAUGUGCGUCUACCAGGCCAACAGUAUGGAGCGACGACAGAAGCAAACGGUGAUGUCGUUUCUGAGGUGGAUAGUCAGGACGAGAAACCUUUGCCCUUGGCUCAGAUCCUCUUUCUCUGCUAUGCCCGGGCGAUAGAGCCCCUGGCGUUCUUUUCUAUCUUUCCAUAUGUUAGUCAGAUGGUUCAGGAUAAUGGGAAUGUUCCGGACUCGGAUAUUGGGUUUUAUAGUGGACUUAUUGAGUCCAUGUUCUCCUUGACUCAGGCUAUGGUUAUGCUCUUCUGGGGCCGUUUGGCCGAUCGCAUUGGACGUAAGCCUGUUCUGGUCUUCUCUUUGCUAGGUGUGACUGUUGCAACUAGUCUCUUUGGAACCGCCAGAUCUAUCGGGCAGAUGAUUUUGUUCAGAUGUAUUGCUGGUGUCUUUGCUGGAACGAUCGUCACAAUCCGCACCAUGGUAGCUGAGCAUAGCACGCCUGCAACUCAGGCCCGCGCAUUCAGCUGGUUCGCUUUUAGCGGCAACCUGGGCAUUUUCCUCGGUCCUCUACUGGGUGGUGCACUUGCUGACCCGGUCCGUCAAUACCCCGGUCUCUUUGGAGGAAUGCGUUUCUUCGAGGACUACCCCUACGCGCUAUCCAGCUUCGUCGUGGCGAUUAUUGGAGCCACUGCCGCUAUGUCGACUGCCUUCUUUGUUGAAGAAACAUUGAAGAAGGAGCCUGCAGCCGCAGGUGUUGAUGAUAAUGAGGCGUUGGACAACAUCUCUGUCCGCCAUCAAAACCGUGACAUGACAACAUGGGAGCUUCUUAAAGCGCCCGGUGUAGCUACAGUGAUUUACGUCUACGGUCAUCUGAUGGUUCUUGCCUUUGCCUACACAGCUAUCAUUCCCGUCUUCUGGUUCACGCCUGUUUCCCUCGGUGGAUAUGGCUUUACACCUAUGCAGAUUUCUCUUCUGAUGGGUAUGAACGGCGCUGCGCAGGCUGCUUGGCUUCUCUUGGUCUUCCCUCCACUACAGAAGCGCAUUGGAACAAAGGGUGUGAUACGUCUAUGCGCAGCUGCCUACCCAUGCUUCUUACUAGCCUGUCCUUUUGGAAACGUCCUGCUACGUAUUGGAACCAAGGCCGCUAUCAAUACUUUCUGGGUCUUCGUGCCCUUGUCUCUGAUUAUUGGAUGUGGUGUGAGUAUGAGUUUCACGGCAGCUCAGCUGGCUAUCAACGACGUAUCACCUUCCCCCAGGGUCCUGGGUACUCUCAACGCCGUGUCCUUGACUAGCACUAGUGUGCUGAGGGCUUUCACACCGGCUCUUUCUACCACUCUCUUCGCGCUGGGCGCGAGGUCUCAGCUACUUGCUGGCCACGCUAUCUGGUUGUUCCUAGCCUUGUUUGCUUCUGGGCUGCUACUUGCUACCAAGUAUCUCCCAGAGCCUCCCAAGACCCGCAAGCGCCAGAGCAGCCAGGAGAGCUAA